GCGCUGGAGCGGGACGCCGUGCAGUUCGCGCGCCUGGCGGUGCAGCGCGACCACGAGGGCCGCUACUCCGAGGCCGUGUUCUACUACAAGGAAGCUGCUCAAGCCCUAAUUUAUGCCGAGAUGGCAGGGUCAAGCCUGGAGCACAUACAAGAAAAAAUAAACGAGUAUCUGGAAAGAGUUCAGGCUCUGCAUUCAGCAGUUCAGGCCAAGAGCACAGACCCUCUGAAAUCAAAGCAUCAGCUGGACUUGGAGCGUGCCCACUUCCUCGUCACACAGGCCUUCGACGAGGAUGAGAAGGGCAACGUCGAGGACGCUAUCGAGCUGUACACGGAAGCGGUGGACCUGUGUCUGAAAACGUCUUAUGAAACUGCCGAUAAAACCCUGCAGAAUAAGCUGAAACAGCUGGCCCGACAGGCCCUGGACAGAGCAGAGGCGCUGAGCGAGCCUUUGACAAAGCCGCUGUGUAAGCUCAAGUCCGCCAACGUCAAGCCGAAGCCGCCGCCCACGAGAGCACAUUUUCCACUGGGAUCGAACCCGUUCCUUGAGAGACCUCAGCCGUUUCUGAGCCCACCCACAAGUGACGCCCAGGGGCAGAGGUACACGGCGGAAGAGAGGGAGGUGCUCAGGACAACAUCAAAAAUUAAUGGUAUAGAAUAUGUUCCUUUCAUGAGCGUUGACCUGCGGGAACGUUUUGCCUAUCCAAUGCCUUUCUGUGACAGGUUAGGUAAGCUACCGUUAUCACCCAAGCAAAAAACUACCUUUUCCAAAUGGGUACGGCCAGAAGACCUCACCAACAACCCUACGAUGAUAUAUACUGUGUCCAGUUUUAGCAUAAAACAGACCAUAGUCUCCGAUUGCUCCUUCGUGGCGUCGCUGGCCAUCAGCGCAGCGUAUGAGAGACGCUUCAACAAGAAGCUCAUCACCAGCAUCAUUUAUCCUCAGAACAAGGAUGGUGAGCCAGAGUAUAAUCCAUGUGGGAAAUACAUGGUAAAACUGCAUCUCAACGGUGUGCCGAGGAAGGUGAUCAUUGACGACCAGCUCCCCGUCGACCACAAGGGAGAGCUGCUCUGCUCCUACUCCAACAACCGAAGCGAGCUGUGGGUCUCGCUCAUAGAGAAGGCGUACAUGAAGGUCAUGGGAGGCUACGACUUCCCGGGGUCCAACUCCAAUAUUGAUCUUCAUGCACUGACUGGGUGGAUACCAGAAAGGAUUGCUAUGCAUUCAGACAGCCAGACUUUCAGUAAGGAUAACUCUUUCAGAAUGCUUUAUCAAAGAUUUCACAAAGGGGAUGUGCUUAUCACGGCAUCGACUGGAAUGAUGACUGAAGCUGAAGGGGAGAAGUGGGGCCUGGUCCCCACUCAUGCGUACGCCGUCUUGGAUAUCAGAGAGUUCAAGGGUCUGCGAUUUAUCCAGUUGAAAAAUCCUUGGAGUCAUUUACGUUGGAAAGGAAGAUACAGUGAAAACGACGUAAAAAACUGGACCCCAGAAUUGCAGAAGUAUUUAAACUUUGACCCCCGAACAGCACAGAAGAUAGACAACGGAAUAUUUUGGAUUUCCUGGGAUGACCUCUGCCAGUACUACGAUGUGAUUUACCUGAGUUGGAAUCCAGGUCUCUUUAAAGAGUCCACGUGUAUUCACAGCACCUGGGACGCCAAGCAAGGCCCAGUGAAGGACGCCUACAGCCUGGCCAACAACCCGCAGUACAGACUGGAGGUGCAGUGCCCGCAGGGCGGCGCGGCCGUGUGGGUCCUGCUCAGCAGGCACAUCACAGACAAGGAUGAUUUUGCAAAUAACCGAGAAUUUAUCACGAUGGUUGUAUACAAGACUGACGGGAAAAAGGUUUACUACCCAGCUGACCCGCCUCCAUACAUAGACGGGAUCCGCAUCAACAGCCCGCACUACCUGACCAAGAUGAAGCUGACCACGCCCGGGACGCACACCUUCACCCUGGUGGUCUCGCAGUACGAGAAGCAGAACACCAUCCAUUACACUGUCCGCGUAUAUUCAGCAUGCAGCUUUACUUUUUCAAAGAUUCCUUCACCAUAUACCUUAUCAAAACGGAUUAAUGGAAAGUGGAGUGGUCAGAGUGCCGGAGGCUGUGCGAACUUCCAGGAGACCCACAAAAACAACCCCAUCUACCAAUUCCACGUGGAGAAGGCCGGGCCGGUCCUGAUCGAGCUGAGAGGGCCGAGGCAGUACAGUGUUGGAUUUGAGGUCAUAACGGUCUCUGUGAUGGGAGAUCCUGGUCCCCAUGGCUUUCAGAGGAAGUCUAGUGGUGACUACAGGUGUGGGUUUUGCUACCUGGAAAUAGAUAAUAUACCUGCUGGGAUCUUCAAUAUCAUUCCCAGUACUUUUUUGCCUAAACAAGAAGGACCUUUUUUCUUGGACUUUAAUAGUAUUAUCCCCAUCAAGACAACACAGCUUCAGUGAUGGAGAAAUCACACCAGUUACUGGAUUUUAUACUUACCAAAUAUCGACUCUUCGAACGAAGACGCAGAUCUUCGGGACAAUAAACAACAAUCAGAAUGGAAUGGAAUUAAAAUCUCUAAAAGAGUUACAGUGGGAUCUGGUGCUUCCCAGGUGUGUUUGGUCAGAAUUGUUUAGAGUCAGAACUACCUGAAUCACUGAGGAGUACCGUUCACAGGGCUGUGUAUGAGCGCUGGCUGGCACUUGAGGCCACUCCACGUGUGAUUAUACUCGUCACUGUGAGAUGCCUUCACCAAGAACGAAGGAGGUGAGGCCACGUGAGGAAACGACACCGUCGUGGAGUGGACAGGCUCGUGUGACCCCUGCCGUGCUGAUGCCACGUAGCCCUGGGUGCAGACGUGGAGAUUCACCUGCUCAUGUCGACUCCACCGCACAUCGCAGGCCACUGUUUACCAAAUGACUCCUGUCCCCAUGGCGCAUUUUAACUUCGCGUUAUUUGUAACUAAAUGUUUGUUGUUGUCCAGAUGUUAUGAGAGAAUAAAGUUUUAAGAAGUACUAAUUAGCAUCAAGAUGCUCAUAGUUAAGAAUGCAGGUGGCUGAGGUUAGGCAGCGCUCCCUUUGGCUCAUGUAGAAAGAAUGAGGUAUAUCACGUGGGAGUCUCCACUCUUUAUCAGCCUGAGGAAAGUGGUAAUCUGAUUCAGUUUGUGUAGUCUGUUUUUAUUGCUUUGUAGUCCGGUGCUCUUGUGGUAAUGGCACUUUGAAGACAAUAGUUCGACGUGUGUGAUCGGAGCAUAGAGCGUUCGCAGGAGAGGAGUCGCCAAGACUCGGGGGCCGUGUGAUCUCCCAGUGGUUUGCGUAAAAAUGGGUCAGAGUGGAACAAAAGAUUUUAAAGUCGGAAGACAGGAUGAGAUUUUUCAUUGUCUCUACUUUAUAAUGAUCAGAACUACUUAUUUUGUAUUUCUAUUGCCUUUAAUUGAAAUAAAACGUUUACACUAAUGGAAA